CUCCAUCCAUUCCUCCCCUCCCAUUUUCUUUCUCUCUCUCUCUCUCUCUCUUACUCCUUAAUUACCCCCUGAGCUUAACCUGACGUUUUCCGCUUGGCUUAGACGUGCUUGAUUGGCCUCGGCAUUUCCGAAGUCAAAAUCACUCCGGCUUGCGAUACCAAAGUUGAAAUCAACCGAGGGGAGUGAAUCUCACUAGAACUAUUUCCUUACGUUUGGCGCAGCCUCCAGUCCACCAUAUUAGACCCCGCUCACCUUUCUUCCCCGCGGUUUUUGACUUGCAUACGACGGUGAUAAACUCUGGCAAGACACGCUUCGCUGCACUGGCUUGCUUCUUCAUUUCUACUACAUAUUGGAAAGUGCGGCGAAGGAAAGGCCCACAUUGCUAAGGCGCAUCGGAGGGAAGCUCAUCGACUUCAAGCAAGAAACCCGACAUCACCAUAAUCAAUGCCAUCCUUGGUGCAUUCCUCAUACUCCUCCUCCCACUCCGACCCUUCAUCAUCCAAAAUGGCGCCUCCAGCAACCCCGGCUGAGGAAAACUCGACCGGCGAAACUGAUAUUUUAUUCAAAAACGAGCUGAUCGACCGUGUAACAUUUGAACAGAUUUUGGAAAUGGACGACGACGAGGAAGAGCGAGAAUUCAGCAAAGGCAUCGUCUAUGGCUUUUUCGAGCAGGCGGAGGCCACUUUUGACAAUAUAGAACAGGCAAUCAACUCCAAAAACCUCGAAGAAGUCUCCCAAUUGGGACAUUUUCUAAAAGGCUCCUCAGCCACCCUUGGACUCAACAAGGUUAAAGAAUCGUGCGAGAAGAUCCAACACUUUGGUGCCCAAAAGGACGAGUCCGGUACUCGGUUUGAGCCCGACCAAGCGAAGUGUCUAGCAAAAGCUAGCAGGGUUCUUACCGAUGUGAAGCAAGAAUAUAAGGAGGUUUCUAACUUGCUGAAGCGCUUUUACGGUGCUCCAAUGGAGUAAUAGAGCUGAUUAGGUUGUUCCCUUCAUUCUCAAGUUCUCAGGCCACCUAUUCAUCUAUGUAUUACCUCCUUCACACUGUAACCCCGCAAUCCUCUGAUCAUAUCAUUUCUUAUUUUGCAUCUCUUUCCCACUCCACUGGCCUUUACUGGGAUUCGGGUCGAAGCACUCGUCUUCUCAACGUGCCCUAGGCACAGAAAGACCGAGGAACAAGAGGAAUGAAAACAUCUGGGAGUUCAUAUCAACGGUCGGGUUUAUUUAUUUCGUUUUCUAUUUUAUUUUAUUUUCUUUCCUUUCCUUUUUUAUUGUGGUAUCUCGCAAUCAAGAAACGGCGUUCUUGCUUUUCUUUCACCUUUUCUUUUCCCUGCCCAUUUUUUUCUAUAUUCUCAACGAUACACGGGAGACAAAA